UCAGUCGAUUUUUGAACCCGUCUCAAACGUACAAAAAAUUGGUAGUGUUUUCGGUAAAGUGUUUUAACAAAUAUCUAUCAAGAUGGUUUUCAAUGUGAUGAUCCAACUAUGCAAAAUCACACGGGCUAGUAAACUGUUUCAAAGGAAUUUCUAUUUACCGCUCCUGAAGCCGCUUUCACCGAAAGAUGCCCUCCGGAGGAAAAUUCUCACCGGCCAAAAUGUCCUCGGAUCUAGAAUUGAGCAUUACAUUCCGGUUUUGGAAGAAUAUUUGAUGAGGUUGCAACGACGCAAAUACGCAGUCAAGGGUGCUGGGAAAAAACGAUUACGGAAGAAGUCAAGCAUGAGAUAUUUAAUGCCGCUUUUUGAUGAAAAUAUGGAAAAUCAUGACAGGCUCAUACAUCUGCUGGCUAGGAAAUCGAAGGGGAAGGGUCAAUGUUACACUUACUAUGUUCCUGAUAAGGACUGCACUUUGGUGUUUACCUAUCAGUUGGAGAGGGCUAUCAGAGAUAAGGAAAUUCUUGAUGUUGUGAUAGCACAAAGAAGCGAGAAAAUUGUUGUUAAAUUGAAGGAUGGCACUAAAGUUACUCUACCGUUGUUGACUUAUGAUGGGCGGGCUCCAUUUUACCGGGGCGAAGGUUGGACGAAGAAAGACAUGGAGGAGUAUCACCAUCAUGGGAAGGAAACCAUGUCCAUUGCUCGGCUCUUCGAAGCUAAAGAACAAGGUCUGGACGAAUGGGAAUUAGAAAUGAUGCGAAUUGCGAAUAAAAGGAAGAAGAAGAUGAAAGGUGAAGGAACAGCUGAUUGGAAACAGAUGAUGACUGCGACUGUCGCAAAUAUGGAUUGGGAUGACUUCGAGGAAGAAACUAAACAAAUAGUUGAACAAAUCAAUGAACCUGUGGAAGACGAGCCGAUUCCCAUGAAAAUAGACAGUAUGGAAAAAACCAAAUUUGUGAACGAGAAACUUAAAGAAGCUGGUGAUGAAAUAAUGUCGCUUCUGCCAACAAUGCCCGAAAUUCCCGAAUGUGUGAAAGUCAUGCGAGAAGGUUCGCUCUCAGAAAUCGCCAAUAUCUCUGGAAUGUCUUUGAAUUUGCCCUCUUCUGGCAAGGACCGCUUCGUCCCGGGCCAGGUCGUGUCAUCGGAGGAAGGCGAAUUGUUUGUUCCUGGUCAGACCGUUGAAACGGAAGAUGGCAGCUCGGAAUACACGCCUGGCUUCACUGUAAUUUUGGACAACGAGCCCACCCUCCUUCCCGGUUUGGUAAUGGGCGACGAUCCAAGCAAGCUUAUGUUCUUGCCAGGAGAGUCGACGAUAACUGAGACCGGCGAGCUGCAGUUCGCCGAAACCGAAGACGAUAUCAGGAAGGACUCGCUCGCCUUGUUGCCCGAAGUCGAGGAGGUGGAAGAGGUCGAGUUAGAGGAGGAGCAAAACAGCGAGGAGGAGAAGGAGGAGGAACGCCCGAAGCCGCCCCCUAAACGCGAAAAGAAAGAGCUCAUUUACGAACGGCCCAAACGUGUGUACGCUACUGAAAGUAUGGGUCCUAAACGUCGCGAACGGUCAAAAAAAGCGCCGCCAAAGGAAGAACCAAAGCCGGAACCGCCGCCGGCGGUGGUACGAGUGCCUGGUGAGCCGAUUUUGUACGAUAUGACAGUACCGACUUUCGAGAAGGACCUGUUGGAACAAGAAAAGGAGCGCGUGGAGAAUUUCAACAACAAAAAGGCGAAGGAGGAAGUGGACAUCGACAAGAAGCGAAGGGAGAUCAGGAUCAAACUAAAACAGUUCGUAGAUCGUAAGCCCCCUCCACCAGUGUACGAACCUUUAGAACCGGUGAAGAAGAGCGAGAAGCUUAAAGAACUGGAGAAGAACAUCAAGAAAGGAAAGUUUUUCGAUGUAGACUAUAAGAAGUACUUGAACAAGGAAUACCCUCAGCCCUUCAUGUGGAAUAAAAUGCACGAGUACAGACACACGUUCGAUUCGGUGGGGAUAAUGCGUCACCGAGUUUGGAAGUCGGUCAUUUAUUCAUUACCGUUCAAGCAAAUAAACGAAAUGGUGCUCAACGUCAAGAUAUCCCUCUGCAAGAUCACCGCCGCUAGCAAACUCUUCCAAAGAAAUUAUUACCUUCCACUCUUGAAACCACUCUCGCCCAAAGAUGCCCUUCGUAGGAAAAUCAUCACGGGCCAGAACAUUCUAGGUGCAAGAAUAGAACACUACAUCCCCGUCCUCACCACCCAUGAAGAAAAAAGUUCGGAACGCAAAAAGAGAGGCAAAGGGACACCCGUCAUUAAGAAAAGAAUCCGAAAGCAUGAAAGCAUGCGAUAUGUCGAACCUUUCUUGGACGAAAAUAUGGAAAACCACAUGCUACUACAGAGUAUCCUCAACCGAAAACCUAAAGGCACGGGCCAACACUACACUUACGAAAUCUUGGACAAGGGUUGCACCCUUGUUGUCUCCUGUCAGAUGGAGAAAGCUAUCAAAGAUAAAGAAAUAAUUGACGUCACCAUGGCACAAAGAAGCGAAAAGAUCCUAGUGAAACUGAGCAACGGCCUCAAAGUCACUGUUCCCGUCGCCAGUUACAACGGCAAUGCCCCUUUGUACCGAGGCAGUGGCUGGACAAAGGAAACAACAGAGGAAGAACAUCACCAUGGCAAGGAAACAAUGUCCAUUGCAAAAUUAUUCGAGGCCAAAGAGUCAGGCGUUGAAGAAUGGGAACUGGAAAUGAUGCGACUUGCAAACAAACGAAAGAAGAAAGUUAAAGGUGAAGACUCUGUCGACUGGAAGCAGAUGAUGUCAGGCUGUCUCGAAAACAUGGAUUGGGACAAAUUUGAAGAAGAUACUAAACAAAUUGUUGAAGAAGCCAGCGAAAUCGUCGAAGAGGAAGACAUCCCGAUGUCAGUCGAUGACAUGGAAAAAACUAAAAACGUAGGGGACAAACUCAAACAGGGUGGAGAAGAAAUUCUAUCACAGUUACCCACAAUGAAGGAAAUCCCAGAAGUCAUCAAGAUCCUAGAAAGUGGCGAGAUGUGCGAAUUACAGAAUGUUUCAGGCGUCAAGGUUAAAAUGAACAACGGCCGCACUUGUUUCAUUACAGGGCAGAUGGUGAAAAGUGACGAAAAUGAGGUCUUCGUACCGGGCCAAACGGUAGAAACAGAGGGAGGAAACUGCGAGUAUACUCCAGGUAUCACCAUUUACAUGGACAACGAGCCUACAUUGAUUCCUGGCUUGGUAUUUGGCGAGGAGGAACAACCCGCCAUGUUUUUACCUGGCGAGUCUACAAUUACCGAGAAAGGUCAAUUGAAGUUCGAGGUGACAGAGGACGACCUUCCGCCUAUAGAACACAAAAGAUUUUCGGAUUCCUCGCCAUCUCCGCCACCUGAACCCAAGCCAAAAGCCAAGCCAAAAAAACCCGAGGAGAUCGUCAUACGUCGGCGCGUUAUCGACGAACCAGAAGAACCAGUUCGCAAGGAACGAGUGAGAAAGAAACCACCAGUCAUAGAAAUGAAACCCAAAGAGGAACCUCGACGGGAAAUACAAUUCCGGCCGCAACGACAGCCACUUGAUGAUCCUUUGAUACUUCUGGAAGAGCAACGGUUAAAGAGAGAAGAAGAGGAGAAGAAGAGGCAGAAGGAACGCAUGGAAGAGAAAAUACUGAAGGAGGAAAGCAAAGUAGAUAAAAUUCGGAUGAGUAUUCGUAAGAAAUUUAAAGAAUUGAAGUUUGAAGCGCCGCCGCCUUACGUUCCCAUAGAACCAGUAAAGAAAAGUCAGAAGUUGGUCGAGCUGGAACGCAGCAUAAGAAAGGGCACUUUCUUCGAAGACGACAAAACCAAGGAAAUCCUAGAGAAGGCGCGAAGUGCGACGAGGAUGCUCAAGUACCAGCACGCUCUCAACGCUUAUACGAGUGAAUUCGGGAGAAUACGGUUCAAAAUGGUGAAUUACGUGUUGUCAUUUUGUAAGAUAACCGCCGCAAGUCGGAUUUUCUCGCGCAAUUUUUACCUGCCGUUGCUCAAGCCCUUGACCCCUAAAGAAGCCCUGCGAACGUUCCGAAUCACAGGUAAAUGGCUACUAGGCGCCAAAAUCCAACACUACAUACCGGUGCUACUAAACCACAAAAAGAAACGCUCCAGCAAAGUCAAAAAUUUUGGCAAAAAACCACACAAAGAAAUGGAGGAUUACACCUACAUGACUCCGGUUCUCGAUUCGGAUAACGAAAGCCACAAGCUUUUGCUCACAAUUUUAGACAGCAAAAAAGGAAAAGGCAACUUUGUUUACACGGUCGAUGAUAAAAAAUAUAACAUUGUUUUGCAAGCUGAGUUGGAAAAAGCCAUUCUAGAUGGUGACGUGAUUGACGUCCUAGUCUCACAACGUAACGACAAAAUGAUAGUUAAGCUUAAAAGCAUGAAAAAAAUCCCCAUGGAAAUUGAGUAUUACGACGGGGAAGGCAAGCUGUACUGUGGUGAAGGAGCGACCUGUCCCGAAGACGAGAAGUUUCACCACCACGGGAAAUAUACAAUGAGUUUGGCGAAAAUUUUUGAAGACAAGGAAUUGCAGGAAGAGAAAUGGGAGGAAGAAUUGAGACGUAUCAUGCGUCGGCGAAAGAGGCAAGCAAAGGAAGGUUCAAAAGAAUGGAAAGAAAUGAUGAAGGAAAGUAUUAAAAAUCUCGACUGGAAUAAAUUUGAAGAAGAGGCUAAGAAAAUUAUUGACGAAAUUGACGAACCAGCUCUUGAACAAAAUAUCGAUAUGGAAAUCGAUGAUUUGGAAUCGACGAAAAAUGUCAACGAAACGAUACUAAGGAAGGGUUCCGAAAUGUUGGACCAGCUGCCAACAAUGAAGGAGAUUCCCGAAAUUAUUAGAAACUUGGGUAGUGCCACUUUUGACGAAAUCGAAGUUGAAGAAGGUGAUGAGGAAAAUGGAAUAACUAAACGACGUGUAUCGGGUGUCAGAGUUACUUUGCCCUCUGGAAAAGAGUGUUUCAUAAGUGGGCAAAUGGUCCACACUGAAGAUGGCGAUGUUUUCGUCCCAGGCCAGACCGUCGAAAAUGAAUUUGGACUGGAAUACGCCCCUGGGAUUACCAUUAACGUUGAUAACAAACCGACUCUGAUCAGCGGCCUAAUUAUGGGCGAAGAAGAACACGACCCGAUGUUUCUGCCAACUCAAUCGACAAUCACAUCAGACGGUCAACUCACUUUUGCCACGACUGUCGAAGAGAGACCUAAACCGCAACCCGAGAGACAAAAAUUGAAGAAAAAACAACAGGAAGAAACAAUAAUUGAAGAAACCGCCGAAAUGAUGGAAGAAGAUGAAGCUGACGUCGACAGUAUUUCAUUGUCGGAAGAGAAAAGUUUGGACGUUUCGAGCAUCGAACUGAACAAUUCCGAAAUCGAAGAACUCGACAUCGAAGCUUACAGACUGAAACAGGAGCAGCAACGCCUCGAGAUCGAAAAACUUAAAUCGAUCCUGAUGGACGACGGCCUGGACGACAUCCUCGCAAGCAUCGAGGACAAGCGGGAGCAACUUCGCAAGAAACUGGAAGAACUGCGAAAAUUGAGCGUCGCAGCGGAGAACAGUCUUGUAAGUUACGUCAGUGAAAGCGACACGAUCGAACUAGCGUCCAAGAUAACCAGCGAUAAAGAAACUAUUAAUAGACUUUCGGAUAUUUUUAUGACAAUAACGCGGAGGGCAGCGACUUUCCGCGACAAAAAUAGCAUAAAUGCGGACAAUAUUAAUCAGGCUUACAUUUCUGUAAGUAACUUGUCCGAGGCGGACGUGAAAUUCAACAGUUCGCGCAACAAACUGAAAGUCAUGCUUAAAACAGCCGCGGUUGCGGCCAACGAUGUCUUUAAAACGCGCCCCAAAGACCAGAUUCUCGCCCUGAAUGCCAUUGGAGACAUUGUGGUCGAAGUGCUGAGGAAUGACGAUCAAACGCUUGCACAGCUCUUGGAUUUGAUGAAUACGCCCAUAGAACGAGCGGAAAUUUGCAAUGCGGUGUACAAACAGCUGACCCAGAACAUAACCGAUACGAAAAUAACUUUCUUGAACGACAUCAUCACGAACUUGUCGGCGUACGACGUCAUUGAUCGAGUCGAAAAGGUUCUCAAGAAACAAUCCGAAAUUAAAUGCGAGGCUUUUGUGAAAAUUGCCAAAGUUGACCCCGAAAUUAUAAACUAUUUGGUCAAGAAUGUCAAGAAGGGGGUGAUCAAGGUUAAGACUGAAGAAGACGCGAUCGAAUUACUGGAGGAGUCAAUCGAGGAAGCAACGAGAACUUUGAUGAAGGAAAAUUUGUCGCAUAUGGUGGAUGAGCUUGAAGAACUACAAGAAGAAGCAAUCAGUUUCGCCAGAGCCCUCGGAAUGGGGAAAGUGGAGGAGAUCCUCUCUGAAGCGACUGAUUUGGAUCAAAUAACCGAUAGCCGGGCUGUUGAGCUUUUGGAACGCACGAAUUUAAUCCGUCAGUUGGCCGAACGUGAUUUCUCACUGAAGAGUGCCCUGGAACGGAUCAAGAAAAAUCCGGAGCGUGGCCGUUCAGACCCUAGGAUUCGCCAGUUGAUACGGGAGAGCGCAGUUUUGAUAUCGAGGGGGCCCCAGUUGAGGAGUUCCCGCGAUGUUCCUUUGCAAAUGCUGAAGAAUCAGAACCUGCUCGCUAUUGAGGAUCUACUGAUUCAGAGAAUCAAAGUGGAGUUUCCGGUUUUGGUCAGCAGAGACACAUUACAAGCAGUUAUACCAAAAGAAGCAGCUCGAGGAGUGCUGUCGGGCCGCGUCCCGUAUGUCCUUAUCAAUGAAAACGGUGUAACGAGUAUAAAUCCAACGCGAAGAUUCUCGGCGGACGUGCGAAUUGACGAUUUUAGUGCGCGCGAGCGGUCCUCCGAAAGAGACGAUGACAGAAAGUACCUCCAGGCCAAGAGUAACGGCACCGACUUUUCCUGGGGCAGUCCGCGGAGCCGCCGAGCGAUGAGUUCCGGAAGCCUCUACAGAGGUUACACCGGGCCUAGGGCCUAGCAAUAUGCGGGAGGAAGAACUGGAGGUGGCCCUCAAGGUGGUGAUCGUGGGCAAUGGUGGAGUGGGCAAAUCUAGCAUGAUCCAACGAUAUUGCAAAGGCACUUUCACGAAGGACUACAAGAAAACGAUAGGAGUCGAUUUCUUGGAACGGCAAAUCGA